GUGUCUAACUUAGCUUGUGAGGAGAGUUUCGAUAGCUAUUCCAUUAAAGGAGAUCAGAACUGCCCACAAUACAGUUGGGUAGCGAUGUAGCACACCGCAAUGAAUUUCAUGCCCACAUUGCAAUUGUCAAGUGAUGUUAACCGACCACAACGUAACAACCACAACAUUGGUUGUUAUGCUACUAGACUAGUUUGACUUGCUUUGCGAUUGAUUGUUUAUAGUUAUCUGCCUUUUUGUUUCAGAACGUAAUUAAGUCUUCGUGGGAAACAUCCGGAAACGUGCGUCAACCUUUAGCCGAGGAGGAAAUUUGAGUGGCGACGUCAUGUCUUCAUCGUCAUUCCUGCAUAUGUGUAAAUCGAAAGCGGUUUCUUUGCGGUAGAACUCGCCCAACAAGUCACUUUACAUCGUGGCCAACAUAUAAAAAGAAGACCCGUCCCUGUCCUCGGCAUUGAGCAUCUCCACUGCAAAGAUGCCGUUCGCUCUUACCUUGCUGCUCCUCAUUUGCGGGAGCAGUCGACUGUUCACUGGGGCUGAUGCAUCAACAUCGAAAAGUGAUAGAUGCCCUGAGGGCUGGACUCAGUUAAACAAUCGCUGUUACAUCUACAAAGACGAAUAUCUGACAUUUGAUCAAGCAGAGAGCGCUUGCAAACUUUCCGGUGGGAAACUAGCGUCCAUUCAUACUCAUCUGCAGACUGUUGUGGUUAACGAGCUCAUUGAAGUGCCUUUCAAAGAAAACGGCGUCUGGAUUGGACUCUACACGGAUGUGCAGGGCGAGCCGAUGUGGACUGACGGCUCAAACGUAGUUUUCGACUUUGAGCUUCAGGAAUUUCUCCCCGCGGGCUGUGUAGCGAUUCAGAUAAACGGGUUUCAAUGGAGUCUUACCGAAUGCACCACGGAACAGCCCUACAUUUGUGCCAGAGAUGUGUUCCAGUGCGUAUCCAUUUGCAAAGAAGACAAACUGUGACACUGAGGAUGAUUAUUAAUAUUGAUAUUAUAUGUAUAAUAUAAUACAAAAUAUAUAGAGAAUAAUAUUUAUUCAUUUAUUUCCAA